AUGAAUGAACUUCAGGAAAGUCCGGCACUGGCUUGUCCUGCGCCACUCAUUGCACCCGCGCCCACGCGCGCAUCUCCCUGGACCGCAGCACUGGCAUCACCGCAUCAGCCCACACUGUUUGGGCCGUCGACUUUGUCAUCGUCACUUCCAUCUGCGUUUUCCGUCGUUUCGCCAUCAAACAACACACUUUCCGGGUCAACGAUCUAUAAUCAGUUUAUGUGCCUACCGAGUUUGCUUGAAAGCAUUUCAGCACAGGAAUUCAUUCGAUCUUCUAUGAACCCUCCUCCAAAAAAGCCGAUUCCUAACGAUAACGCCAACGUUGAUUUGGGAUGUUAUCGCGUGAAAGAUCCCGAAGAUUGGGAAAAUGAUGACGUUGUUGGAUGGCUUCUUGAUCUCGCCAAAUCGCACAAUAUCCCUUUUGAGGAUAUCAAUAUGCAUCGGUUUGCCUUAUUACGAGGACGUGAUUUGCUCAAGAUGCCUGAAAAUGAUUUCGUCGAUCGCGAUGCGAAUUUUGGUCGUUUGAUCUUCGAGGAGUUUCGAAAAACGUUGCUCAACUCAGAAGAUACGACGCUGGAUAAAGCUCUAAACACAUUUGCCGAUGAUGAGGUUCCAUCGACAAGCUCGCUCGAUUUGGUUCUUCAGCCGAUGAUCAAUACGAUUGCGGCGUCGCAAUCAACGGCAACACAUUUCAAUCAUAUGCAACAGAUUAAUCAGCUUAGUCAAGCGUUAACAAACGCGCAAGCGUCGUUCAACCAGAAUCUACUCGGCCAACCGACCUUGAAUCCGUCGCUUGCUUCAAGCUUGGCCGCUGGCUUGACAGCUGGCAUUAGCCCGAUCAACGUCGGAUACAUUCAUAAUGGCUUGAACCCAACCUCGCCGCUUAUCAGCACACAAAUUCAUCAGCCGAAGGUGUCUCCGAUCAUGAAGUACACACCAUCAGGUCCAAUUAACGUCGACUAUGAUGUUUCAGAAGAUCGCUCGACAUCCAGCAAUGACUUGAAGAUCAAGAAGAACAAGGAUGGAAAGCCGAGAAAGCGUUCGCAACAUACCAAGGGAAACAAACUUUGGGAGUUCAUUCGGGAUGCUCUUAAGGAUCCCGUCACCUGCCCGUCUGUUGUUAGAUGGGAGGACCCGGUUGAAGGUGUGUUCCGAAUUGUAGAGUCCGAGAAACUUGCCCGUCUCUGGGGGGAUCGCAAGAACAACACUAAAAUGACAUAUGAGAAGCUUAGCCGCGCGAUGAGGACGUAUUAUGAGAAGCAGAUCCUUGUUCCGGUACCAAAAACCGGAUUGUACCCGAAGAAGCUCGUGUAUAAAUUUGGACCUGGAGCGCAUGGAUGGGAAGUUAAGCGCGAGAUGCGAUAA